UGGUGACGAAAUGUUGCAUAGCAACAGAGGAAGAUUUGCGGUCUCCAGAAGCGCUCGUGAAAGUGACGCUAGUAGCUUCAGGAAAACCCUUGUUGCUCUCACUGCAGACCCUAAACAGUCUGCUCUGUCGAUUUUUCAACUUUCAUCUCUGCUAAAAGAUACAUACCGACUCUUAAAAUGUCCAAUAGUGAGGGAAACAAACUUUGGGGAGGCCGUUUCGUUGGAGACACGGACCCAAUCAUGGAGAAGUUCAACGCGUCCAUCGGCUACGAUCAGAGGAUGUGGGACGCAGAUAUCAGAGGAAGCAAAGCUUAUGUCAAAGCGCUGGAAAAGGCGCAGCUGGUCAGCAGUGAGGAAAUGGAGCAGAUCUUACGUGGGAUGGAUCAGAUUUCAGAAGAGUGGUCUAAAGGUAGUUUUGUGAUUAAACCUGGAGAUGAAGAUAUUCACACCGCUAAUGAACGCAGGUUAAAGGAGCUCAUUGGUGCUCCUGCAGGAAAGCUCCACACAGGCAGAAGCCGCAAUGACCAGGUGGUGACUGAUAUGAGGCUCUGGAUGCGAGACGCCAUCACCACCCUGACGGAACAUUCUCUGCAGCUCAUCUCGACCAUGGUGGAGCGUGCAUCCGUGGAAAUCGAUGUCCUUUUCCCUGGAUACACGCACAUGCAGAGGGCUCAACCGAUCCGUUGGAGCCACUGGAUUCUAAGUCAUUCUGUAGCUCUGAGGAGAGAUGUUGACCGGUUACAAGAGAUCAAGAAAAGAGUUAAUGUCUUACCUCUGGGCAGUGGUGCGAUUGCAGGGACACCGCUUAACAUCGACAGGGAGCUGCUUCGGAAAGAACUGGGAUUUGAUUCAAUCAGUCUGAACAGCAUGGAUGCUACAGGCCAAAGAGACUUCGUUGUGGAGUUUUUGUUCUGGGCUUCAUUGUGUUUGACACACCUGAGUAAGAUGGCUGAAGACCUCAUGCUGUACAGCACUAAAGAGUUCUCCUUCCUCACGCUCUCUGACGCCUACAGCACCGGCAGCAGUCUGAUGCCCCAGAAGAAAAAUGCCGACAGCCUGGAGCUGAUUCGGAGUAAAGCCGGUCGGGUUUUUGGCAGAUGUGCAGGGUUCAUGAUGACUCUGAAAGGCUUACCCAGCACAUACAACAAGGACUUGCAGGAGGAUAAGGAAGCCAUGUUUGAGUGUUUUGAUACUGUUCAGGCUGUGCUGCAGGUGACCACUGGAGUCAUGUCAACACUCAAGAUCAACCAGAAUGUGAUGGAGGCCGCUCUCAGUCCUGAUAUGUUGGCCACUGAUCUAGCCUACUACCUCGUGAGGAAGGGAGUCCCAUUCAGAGAAGCCCACGGUCUCUCUGGUAAAGCCGUUUUCACAGCAGAAUCCAAAAACAUCUCCUUGAAUCAGCUCACCGCUGAAGACCUGAGUAAUGUCAGCCCGCUCUUUGGAAGUGAUGUAUCUUCAGUGUGGGACUACAGCAGCAGCGUGGAGCAGUACAGCGCCCCCGGUGGCACCGCCAAAACCAGCGUGGCUGCACAGGUGGAACACCUGAGGGACUGGCUGAGGAAACGGUCACAGUGACCGAAAUCUAGUGUAACCCCAUUGAAAUUCUGAAUUUGAUUUGCUGAGGAGUUUUAGAUGAAGCUGUCAGAUAUCAGAGGUCCAAUUGAUUUACAGUAUUUUCAGGAAUUCUAUGGUUCAUUUUGACAUCCCAAAAUGAGGGAUGAUCGGUCAUAUUUGUCUUAAUCAGAAUUUGCACUCAGCUUUUUGGUUAAGUAUUUUUGGUCAGAGUGAAUUAGCUGGAAAAAUGAGCAAAAAUGUGUUACAUGUUACUAGAAGAGUUACUGAUUCUCACUAUGAAACCAUCAGUUGUUCUGGAUCUGCUAAGAUUUGUGUGUGGUGAUAAUCAAAUUAUAUUAAUAGUAAAAUAAUGUUUGAACUUCUCUUACUGCCUUUUUUAACACUAACUUAAUGGUGUUAGGCAAAUGCAUUUUUGUGAUUAUUUUGGAAUGUGUUACAAAACUUCUUCAAGUUCUUGAAGUCCUAGAACUGAAGAAUGCAGAAAUAAAUAUUUUUUUCUUGUGACAAAGUGAUUUAAUGUUUUGUCUUCUUACCUGCAGGAAAUAAAAGAGUUACAGCAAAGGACACAUGAAA